AAUGCUUGAAAGUCACGUUAUACCGUGCAUAGUCGUUGCGUCUAGAAUAUUUAUUAUAUUAUCUUGUAUCUUUCCUAGGAUAUUUCACAGCUGCCUACCGUGAUGGCCGAUGAGGCUGUGCCACCGCCGAGCGAGCGGCCGCAGAUCGACACAAGCACCUGGCAGGGCUGGGCCGACAGUAUCGUCUACUGGGCGGCAACUGAUCCAUACGACUUCCUCUUCAAAGUGCUGCUCUGCCUGUCACCUCUCUUCUUUAUCUCAUCAUUGCUGUCCUUCAAGCUGGCCAAGGCCCUGGACAAGGAGUCCAAGGAGAAGGAGAAGAAGGAGAAGAUGCUCGCCAGCAUAGCCAAGAAAAAGAAGUCAAAGAAGGCGGACUGAUCACAACAAGGUGUGUUCCUUUGCGUGAAACUAUUCAUUCCUUUUGUUACAUGUAUCAAUUUGCUGAAAUAGCCACCAAAGUUAUCAGACAUUUGAUGGCACUGUUGAUGGUUUUCGAGAUGUUGUAUCCAACAUUAGUCUAGCUGUCAACUAGAACGCUUUUCGAGGCUCUGAGACUAGUCGAACCAUGGCUGUGGCGACCUGCCUCAGUGAACUGUAGGCCUGACCCGGGACUGAUUCGGACUCAUGAUUGUCCCGAGGCCUGACGUCAUCGGAGUCAAUGGCUGUUGGAAGUGUGUGCUACUUUGGUCUUUUUUAAUUCGAUCAGAAUCAGGUCGCUGGAGUGGUCGUUCACUACCGCUGAGGCUCAUCCACCUCCAUCAGUUUAGAAGGUCGGUAUUUUGAAUCAGACUCGGCCUCUCCAGUUGUGGUAGCUUUCCGCUAUUCUGACCGUCUGUCAGUACGGUCUGUUGGUGGAUCAGGACUACGGGCAUCGAGCCUGUGGUCGUCUCGCAAGGAGUGCGGGACUUGGUGUCGAUAAUUUUCGUACGGGAUGGAAUGUACGCUCGUGCUCUUGAUUGCAUGAAUACAUAAUCGAUUUCAGAGCUUUCA